AUGUACUUUGAUAACGCUAGCAGAACUGCUUAUGGAUUAGCGAGGGUCGAUUUGGUUUGCCGUAAAAAAGGACGAAUCUGGAAACGAUCUGUUCAGGAAAAGAAGAAGGAGCACCGUGCAUUCACAGUUACUAUCUAUGGAAGCCGAGGAGGCCCUUACACUAUCACAAUCGGUGUGCUGCUGUACGCCGUGUCCGGGAUAUGUUUUUUGGCCGCUAACUUGUCAUACUUGUUCGGAAUAUUCAUUGUUUAUGACUCAUCUAUCAUUGAAGAAGUGGGUGGACAUUUCUUUAAUCAUUGGAACAUCAAAGUGAAAUAUACCGGCGAAUAG